AGCUGGACUUCGUUUGUUUCACGUUUUCGUUUGUUCCACAUACCACCUGUCAUUUAAAUUAAUGCUACGCAACACUGUUCAACUAUAGUUCUACCCAGUUCAAGCACACAAAUUUCAGCGACAUCGGCAUGUUUGAGCGUUUUUGGUUGUUUAGUUGAUUGAGUGUUACCAAGUCGGAUGUUGUCUGCUGCUCAAAUUAAUACCAGUUUUCGUGACACGGAAUAAGGCUUGUUAUGAUUCAUGUGAUAGGGUACACACAAUGUCGCUGCUUUCUAGAUGCUUCACUUACGUUGGGGCUACACCUCGCUAUGUCUCAUGCCCUGGCAGAACCUUUUCGUGGCCACUCUCUCAGCUUGCAAUCUGCGCUCAGAAGCAAAAUGCAGAUGCAAGUUUCUCACGACAAUUAUUUGACGGACUUCUCAAUGGUGACAGGGCUUCAUUAGCCAGAGCAAUAACAUUAGUUGAGUCAACUGCAAUAGCCCAUCGUCCUGAAGCCCAGAGCCUACUGAAAAUGGUUCUGAAAGAAAAUAAACAGCGAAGACAACAGAGCAAACUGGCUUCCAGCUUCGUAAUGGGACUGACGGGCCCUCCUGGCGCAGGCAAAUCCACCUUCAUUGAGACCUUAGGAAAAUUCUUGACCGCAGCUGGCAACAAGGUUGCUGUCUUGACAGUGGAUCCGUCGUCUGCUACUACUGGAGGGUCCCUUCUGGGUGACAAGACGCGAAUGCCAGAACUGACGAGAGAUCCAAGCGCAUAUAUUCGGCCGUCACCAAACAAGGGACACUGGGGUGGAGUCACAAGGACCACAGGCGAUACCAUUCAGCUUUGUGAAUGUGCAGGUUACAACAUCAUACUUGUAGAGACCGUUGGUGUGGGUCAAAGCGAAUAUUCCGUGGCAGACAUGGUUGAUCUUUUCUUGCUGCUCAUUCCCCCUGGAGGAGGAGACGAACUUCAGGGUGUGAAGAGAGGGAUCGUCGAGGUGGCCGACAUUAUCGGCAUAACGAAAGCGGACGGUGACCACCUGCCCGAGUGUCGACGUAUGGCUUCCGAGUACAUUAGUGCACUCAAGUUUAUGAAGUCACGUUCAAAGGUGUGGAGACCAAAGGUGCUACAAGUUUCAGCCAGAACCAAAGAAGGAAUCGACGACUUGUGGGAUGUCGUAAUGGAGUACAAGGAAACACUAGGAGCCAGCGGCGAGCUCGAACGGCGUAGGAAGCAUCAGAGAGUCAAGUGGCUGUGGAGCUACGUGAAUGCGGAGCUAGAACGGCGCUUUAGGCUCCAUCCCAGUGUUGCCAAGUGCGUCGGUGAACUUGAACAGAAUGUGAUCGACGAAAAUAUCACUCCAGGUUUCGCGAGUGAUGAACUUGUACAAAGGUUCUUUGAUCGUGAGGAUGCGAAAUAGAGAUUUUUAAGACGUGUUGCGCAACGUGCAUUUAUACAGCGGUGAACUUAGCGAGGAAUAUUGACUAAAAAUCUCGUUGUGCAAGCCCGGACAAAAGUUUACGGAACACAUGAGCGCUGUAUUUCCUCCUCUGUGCGACACCCUACCAGCGAGCGGAAACAGGCUCGUUUACUCGUUCAGGAAGGUGAGCGAGUGCGCUGGUAGCGACACACCUGUGACAACUAAUCCUGUCCCGGUGGAUACCCGUGAGGGAAAGCGUCCAUCGGGAUGAAAGCCCGAGCUAGUCCGAGCCCGCAUCCGGAGCCUCAGACCAAUCCGACAGCCAGCCAAGCGGGAUUCAUGGAACAUCUUCAGCGCCAUCUACGGACCGCCUCCCCGAUCAGGGGGAAAAGGAAUUAGGCGCAAGGGAACCUGAAACUACGUCACCGUAUCAAGCAUCGUCACUCUUCUUUUAUUUCGCUUUAUUUUACUUUGCCUGUGAUGUCGAAAGACACCUGCCCUGAUUUAAAAGGGAUUAGGCACAACAGAACCUGAACGCAACACUACGACCCACACACUUCCACAACAAUCCGAGCCAAUCCAAGUGACCUCUGCCAACGCCACAAAGAUACAGAAAGCCUGCUCGUUGCCUCCUCUCCCUUUUUUGAUUAAGAGUCAGAAUAGAAAGUGCAGUUUUUCGUCUGUGGUGUCCCCAAGACACCUGCGCCGUGAUUCAAAAGGGAUGAGGCAGACCUGAACCUGAAUCGCGUGAAUGUGCUCGAAACAUGGUUUGAAUUGGUGUCUCUGCCGGCGCACUCCACAACCACUCUAAACAAGCCACCACAAGUUCCGCUUGCCGCUGGGGUGUCGCACUGAGGGGAAAAUGCACCGCUCGUGUGUUCCGUAAACUUUUGUCGGGACCUAUACAACGAGGUACCAAUGGAGUAUCAAUUAUAUAGAGUACCAAGCAUGUUGUAAUAGAUCACUAUUAUCACUUGACCACCUGUUGGUGAAAUGAAGAAACAUUGCAUACAACUGAAUCGUCAACUACAGGUUUGGCUUCAGGUGAACUUUGUGCAUCACGACGUCGACGAUUGGCUUUGGGUUUCGGUACAGGAGCAUUGGGGUUUUCACCCAUAUAAAACGUUUUCAACA